AACUGACAAGGCUUCCCGCUGUCAUGACCUUUGGCUCUUUCCUGCCCGGGCAGCAAGGGCUCCUCACCUGCAUAGGAUAGCGGCCACUUUCCUUGUGUCUGUUCCUGUUAUGCAUCUUCAACACUCGUAUUAACAGCACCAGUCUUUACACUGUUAGAGGCUUCCCAAUGGCUACAGAAGUGAGGGCCCAAUUGGCAGAGCAUUCACUGCCCAGUCCCAGAUCCCCUAGAAGAAAAUUGAGGAUGGAACAGGAAACUCAGGGGCCUGGUCAGCGAAAUUCUCAGAGGGCCCCGAGGCAAAAUGCCUUGCUUAGCACAUCCAGAGUCCACCUACACACCUCCAGAGAGCCUCCCUUCAGCCAGGGCCGCCAGAAGGGGAAGCAGACAGCGAGCAGCCCAAAGGCUGAGCCGAAACUGGAAAAGAAGUCGGGGUGCCAGCCAAGGAGCCACGGGGACAGCGGGCCACAGAAAGAACUGACGAUCCCAGGGACCGUGGAUUUCAAGCUGAUCCGAGAGGCAGUGAGGACGUCCAAGCCCCAAACCCCCAGUGCCUACCGCUUCGGUCGCCUCAGCCACCACUCCUUCUUCUCCAGGCACCAUCCCCAGCCCCAGCACGUGACCCACAUCCAAGAUCUCACCGGGAAGCCUGUCUGUGUCGUCAGGGACAAGCUCGCUUUGGCCACCUCCCCUCAAGCCACACUCUUACCCGGCUACCUGAUCAGGAUGCCCACCAUCUCAGUGCCUGUUGGAGACCCGCAGUCCAAUCGGGACCCCCGACUUUAUUCUGAGGCCUGGAAGAAGGAGUUGAAGGACCUGGCUUCCCAGGUGGCCAUCUUCACCAAGGAGAGUGAGCUGAAGAGCAAGGAGCAGAAGAAGGAGCCUCAGCGGGAACAGGGGGCAAAGUACUCAGCAGAGACUGGCAGGCUCAUCCCUGCUUCUACCCGGGCCAUGGCCCGCCGCCACUCCCACCAGGGCCGAAACCAGCCUGCAAGCAGAGAUGGAGGAGACCAGACCUUCCUCCUACAGGAUCAGGAGCUGCUGGGCGGCCUCACCUUGCCUGGAAGUAGGUUUUCGGGUCCCGUGGGGAGGGGGCACAGGGCAGGACUCCAGGAGCUCCACCACCCACUGCAGGCCCCAGCUCUACAUGGCUGCCGCCGCCACCGCCAGCAGCCCAGCCUAGGGAGCCCCCGUAGCCCUCCUCAGACAGGCCUGGAUCUCCUGCCGUGGACCCUUUACUGGAGGACACAGUGGGGGAAGGGCCCUGAAGUAGCAAAGAUGUGGGGAGUUGAGUGGGCUGAGGAGGCCCCUGGGAGCGAAGACAGCCCAGCCCUGGGCGGGAAGGGGCUGCCGAUUAAGUGGUGCACAGAACUGGCUGGCUACAGCCCUGAAGCCGUCCACAGGGACCAGUCCACCUCUUUGCUAACAUCUCCAGACUCUGAGCUCGGGCGCUUCAGGGAGAGGAGGCCCGUGAGGUCCCUGAAAUUCCCACACCAAGGACCCAGGCAAUCGGGACUCGAUCCUGGAACUGCUUUCGCAAAUUCUGCAGACAGACUCCUUGAAUGCUAUCCAGUUCUGGCUACUCUAUGCGCCUGCCAAGGAGAAAGACAUGGCACUGGGGCUCCUGCAGACCGCGGUGGCUCAGCUCCUUCCCCAACCCCCAGUGUCCAUCCCAGCAGAAAAACUCCUGAACCAGCUCCUGGAAGUUCAAGACUCACUUCAAGAGAGACCCCAGCUACCCUACAGCCAAUCCCCGAAGAAGAUGAAGACACCACCUCUAUCAAAAAGCGAACAACCAGAGAACAUUGGCAAAGCUCAAGUUCUUCGCGUGCACUCCAGCCAGAACCCAGAAGAGAAGGCAGCAAAGGCAGAGAGCUGAGGAGUUUGCGCCUCCCUCAAGAAAAACCCCUGAGUUCGAAGACUCCGUCCCUAAGUCCUCAACAGCAGUACUGGUUUUCCUAUCACGUGGAGCCCAUUAAACUACUGUCUUCCCCUUAAGAGGACAGUUCCACUCUCCCAUCA